AUGACUGUGGUCGUGGAAGGAGCGUUAAUUACUGCGUUUGCAACUGCGGUGGGGGCCCCUGCUGCGAAUUUUGGGCUUCAACAAUUAAAGUCCAAACUUGAAGACGCUUCGCUUCCUGACACACAUAAAGCGCUAAAUGAUGGAUUGGGGUGGCUGCUUGCUUUACUAAAGGACAAAGACAACGAAGUUUCAAGCAAUAUACAGAAAGAUACGUCUAGUGUUUACCAGUACUGGACGAAGCGCGCAUCAGAUGUUCGGAAAGACGUGACUUCCUUGAAUGAAGAAUAUGAAAAAGUGAGGAAAAAGAAGCUGAAAUUUUUAAGUGGUGGAGAUCUCAAAGAGAAGAUCAAAACGGCGCUCAAAGAAGUAAUCGAAAUUCUUGAAAAAUGUCCCAAGGAGAUUAUAGUUAAGCUGCCAGAGUGGGUCAUUGAGGAGCCUGGUGUUCCAUCAAUUGCAGAGUAUCCAACUCUUCAGAAGGCCUUCCAGGACAUUCUGACUCUGCUGCAAAAUAAUGGAGAAAGAUGCGUGGCACUUCAUGGAGGAAAAGGGGUGGGGAAAACAACAAUCAUGCAAAACUUAAAUAACCACUUCUAUAAUAGCAAUAACAAAUUGUUUGAUAUGGUGAUUUUCAUCAAAUUGCCAUCUGAUAAGCAGACUGAAGACCUUCACAUUCUGCAGAAAAUUGCAGAUCGGAUAAAGGUGAAUAAAGAAGGUGACGAAUGUGAAGUUGCUCGAAAAAUACAGAGAGUGCUUGAGGACAAAAGAUAUUUGCUAAUUUUAGAUGGUGUAAGGCGCGCACCCAAUGGGAUUUGGGAAAAGUUGGAUAUUUCAGCACACAAAAAAGAUAGUAAGAUGGUGAUAACUACUUAUUUUCCUCUUGCUUGGAAUUCAAAAUAUGUUGACAGUAAAGUCGUGCUCGAAAGGUUACCCCCUGAAGAAGCACAGGUUAUGUUUCGAGACUUUUUUGGCAAGGCUUUACCACCUGGCGCUGAAUGGGUAUGUGAUAGGUUAUGUUCUUGUCUUCCCCUCCUCAUAGCUUCUAUAGCAAAGUCUUUUAUAUAUCAGGAGUCUCCCCCUGAUUGGGAGAGGGUUUUGAACGAAUGCACGCCUUGGUCUCAAGUUGGAGUUGAUGGUUUAGACGAGUUAUGCUCAACCUUGCAAAUUUCUUAUCAACAGUUGGGUGAUCGAAGUAAACAAAAAUGUUUUCUUUAUGCAUCACUCUAUCCUGCAAACAGCAAGAUAAGCACAGACUACUUUUUGGAGUGUUGUAUAGUUCAGGGUUUUCUUAGUGAUGUUGCGGAUACUAAGUACGGUGAAAUUCGCAGCCAAGGUAUUAAGAAAUUGAGGCACCUUAUUAAUGUGGCACUGUUGGAGGAAGGGGAACAAAUGAGGUAUGUAAAAAUGAAUGAUCUCUAUAGGCAAAUUGCUUUACAUAUAUCAUCCAAUGAUCCAAAUUCAGAAUGUAAAACAUACGUUGAUAAUGAGGAAGAUGGGGAGGACCGUAGAUCAGAAUCAUGGCAGCGUGCUAAAUGGGUUUCUAUGGUUGGCAGUAAAAGGGAUAGUCUACCAGCAAACCAAAAUUAUGGGAGUCUUCAGACGCUAUUGCUACAAAAGAGUCUGGCAUUGGAUCAAAUCCCAUUUGAUUUUUUUCAGAGCAUGGGCAGUCUUCUUGUGUUAAACUUGUACGGUACUAAAAUAAGCAAGUUGCCAUCUUUGUCAGGGUUAACCAGCCUUAAGGUGUUCUAUAUAAAUGGUUGUUCAGGCUUAAAAAUAUUUCCAAAUCAGAUCCAACCACUUAAACAUCUUGAGGUAUUUGACAUUCGAGAUACCAAGGUAGAUUUUGUGCCACCCUUGAACAGUUUGCGGUGCCUGAGAAUCUCAUACAUUGAAAGCAGUAAUUGUCUUGGAGUUUCAAAGCUUCAUGACUUAGAAGAGUUGACCAUUGAAGUGAAAUCCCUGCCACAAUGGUGUUAUGAUGCUGAAAAUAUUAUACCACAGGUUGCUUCUUUGAAAAACUUAACAACUUUCAAAUGCGACUUCCCUUUUCCAGAAAUUACCCUUAAAAUAUUCCUAGAGACCAACGAGGCUCCUAUUAAUUGGGUGAGGGCUUUGAUUAAUUGUAAGCCUUCGCCUCAAGUUGGAGUUCGUGGUUUAUCCCCUACUGAAGCGAGGAAGAUGUUUCAAGACAUUGUUAAAGCUAAACAGUUUGCUUUUGAUGUUAAUAGGAUGGACUUGAUUUUGGUUGAGUAUCGUUCUUGA